AUGGCAUCGCUGCGAUUGCGCAAUGCAAGUAGGCUCCUUAAAGGCGUUGGGCCGAGUCGAUUGAGCCCAUCCCCUGCUCCGAGCCGGUUCCAGAGCUCACUCACGCCAUCUAGCGCGCCAGUUGACACCACCAACCAACUCGAUUAUGACGUCCCUGCGGACAAAGCCACUUCUACUUUUACUCCUGUACCGUGCCGCGUUCAAGAUGGCAGCGAAGAUAUCCUUCCAGCUGCCGUGCUGUCAGGUGCCCCUAUGGAGCUGCAGGCUCGAACUGUUCGAAUUUACAAAGAGGCCAAGCCUGCAACACAGUCCGGAGAUUUCAGAACGGAGCGCUGGCGUCUGGAUUGGGAUAUUCUCCCUAAGGGUCACCGCUGGGAGAAUCCUUUGAUGGGUUGGCAGUCGUCCGGGGACUUCAUGCAGGGUACGCACGUCAAUUUCAAGAGCAAGGAGGAUGCAAUUCACUUCGCCGAGAAACAAGGAUACGAAUACUUUGUCCAAGAACCCAACUCCCGCAAAUUUACACCAAAGGCCUACGCAAAUAACUUCCUUUACUCGCCGAAGAAGUUGAAACAUAUUCGUACGAAAUAA